UUUCUCUGCUCACCCCUGCUUGACAAUGAGUCAAGACUAUCAGAGAAAUGAUGCAAACACCCGACUCGCCAGGCAAAGCAACUGAGAUGGAGACAAAAACAAAUCCUGGACCUGUAAACAAACAGACGUCUGGAGAGAAGUGACCCAAAUCUUGAUGCACAGGAGACACUAUGCAGCUAAACUCAGGAAGAACUGGUUCCAGGGAAAGCUCAUCAGAGAUUCUCACAAUCCAAACAUUUGAGGGGAGGCUUGUCACCAGAUUCAGCGUUGGCACACAGACGGACUGGAGACACGAUGAUGAGCACUGUGAAGCAUUUAAAACCCCAAAUGCUCCACUUCAGAGGAGUUUGACCACUGAGACAAUGACUGGAGAGCCACGUUGUGAUGACAGUUCGGAGCAGCGAGCCGACAAUGAGAGGGUUCUUAAAAACAUGGAGCCUGAGCUGAAGAUAUCCCCAGAUAAUGAAAUGUUGGAUUUGCACAGCAAGGAAACUCCCCACGCUCCUACAGCCUGCCAAGAAGGAACAGAAGAGACCUUAACUAAUCUUGACAAGAUUCCAGCUUCAAGCGGAUCAGCGCAUUCGCUGCACGCUGCGUUGAACAUUUGCCCAAAGAGAAGCCAGCCGCUAAAGAAACCUCCAGUGACCAGCGGUCCUACAGCCAGCCGUGUCGACCCAAAAGAGUCUUUCUCCAGCAAAAAUGCAAAGGAAACCUUUUCAGAGGCUUUGUCUCAAGGUGGACCAGUCACUACACAUGCGACUGAUACAGAGCCAGUCAAGAAGGAAGAUCAAAGGCAGAGCGAGCUGAGGUCAAGAGAGGAUUCACACAAUGGGACCCCUGGAGCAGGACGCAAACAAGAUUAUGCCACCUCACCUAAUCUACCUUUGGGUGAUGCUUUGGCCACCAAGGAAGAGGCUUUGCUCCCUGAAAUAGAAAUAAACUGCGACAGCGUCUUCUCUUUCAAACUGUGGAGAGAGAAACCUAAGGGGAGCAUCCCGCUUGUCAAGCGCUACGACGACGGCAGCACGUUCACUGUGAUCUUUCCAGACGGAACCGGGCAGGUGCGCUAUCCAUCUGGAAGGCUCGCGAUACUUGUGGCGGCGGCACAAUUGCCCGACUGCUCCUGUGUGGUGGUGCUGGAGGACAAAAAGGACGACCCACGCGUUCAGGGGGUUUUCACCAGCAGAGAACUGACUUGUUACGUGAACGGCAGCAUUUGGGUUAAUCUUACUUCAAGGGGAGGCAUAUCCUUCAGCGAGACAGGAGAUGUGAAGAAACACUGGAGCUGGCAGGAGAAUAAGCAUCAUAUUCGUGCUCCACCCUGCCAGCCACUCAGCCUCGCCCUAAGCCCUCACAUUAACGUCCACAUCAAAUCCCAGGAGGAUAUCUGCAUCCUUUUCGCCUCCCAUAAACACACCGUAAAGCUCAACAAAGAGGCUCAACAGAAAGCAAAUCAAAGCAGAAACCUAACAGCGCCAGGGGCUGACUCGCUUCAGACUUAUCUGAAGCAGAAGAGCGCAGAGAUCAAGGCCCUGCUCCAGAACAUCCAGUCCCUCGUCACCUAUCAAAGGAGCGCCAGUCCACCGAAGGUCAAGCUCCAGCAAAGCCUCAUCCUGCAGAUGGAAAGGCAGCAGCUGCCAGUGAAACGGCAAUCCGCUGCCAAGAAGACCCCCCAAAGCGGACAAUGUCCUUCAAUAGGAUUUUCUAAUUUGUGUGAAGCGACUCGAGCUGCGGCGCACCUUGAAUUUGAAUUUAGCGACUAAGUGCUUUUUAGAAAUAAAGCCAAGUAACAUUAAUAACCUCUUUUUUUUCUUUUUAAUAAGAAUGUCCAUAAAUAGAAGACCUCUACAAAUCAUUUUACAUGGGACAAACCAAAGCAACGAGUACACCGAUGACACAUCCAUUCUUCAUGUUCAAAAGCAGUCUUAUCUUGUGCUAGAGUAAAUGCUGAACAAAUCAAGUUAGAAAAGAAGGAAAGUAUCAAAAAAGCAAGUUUCUCUCUCUCUCUCUUUUUUUUGUUUUUUUUUUU